GGAAAACCUCGUUCACCCCACUUGCCUGACUCCGAAAAGAAAAGCCAUUCGUGCCAGCGCGCGGCGGGAAAGGGCCACCUGGCAAAUAUUUCAUGCUGCAGUUUUCCGCCGACCGUCGUCUAGCAGGCUGACUGGCGAAUUUUUGCCUGAUCGCGUCGAAUUCCGUUAAAAGUGCCCACCCAGAGGUCCGAACGAGAUAUGAUCGCCCUUCUGUGGGUCAUCCUGUCGAUAACGGUAGCCGUUCUAGUCCAACGCCAGUGGCAGAAGAAAGUGAAGUUCGCGGGUGCUCUUCCUCGGGCGAAACCGUACUAUCCGGUGGUCGGUAAUCUUCCGUUGGCUUUGGGGAAAAGCCCCGACGAAUUGUUCAGUUCUUUGUACGAGUGCUUCCGGCAGCAUGAUCGGUUGUUCACGCUGCAGUUCAGUACCAUUGUGGCGGUAUGUCUGUCUCAUCCGGAAUUGAUUCAGCGCGUUCUGAACCACCCCGACUGCCAGGAGAAGCCCGACGUUUACAAAGUGGUGCGACUACCGAAAGGAUUGCUUGCUGCUAGAUACGACACCUGGAAAGUGCAUCGCAAGACGUUGAACUCGACGUUCAACACGAAGAUUCUGCAGAGUUUCCUGUCUAUCUUCAACAAUAGUUCUCGUAGACUGAUUGGGCGGUUGGAGCAGUAUGCCGAUAGUGGCACAAGCUGCAACAUGCUAGAGUACAUCUCGGAGUGCACUCUGGAAAUGAUUUGCAGAACAUCGUUGGGUGGGAAAGCACUCGAAAGAGAUGGCCGGCAGGAUUUCAUCGAAAAUUUGGAAGUUGCCCUGACAGCCCUUGGCAAACGAAUUCUGAGCUUCCCACUGCACAACGAUUUCAUCUACCAGUUCACCACGCUGUAUCGCGAUGAAAUGAAAGCCAUCAGCACGUGUCAUCAGUUUACGGAUAAGAUUAUCGCCGAAAAGCAUGUCGAAAUCAAGUCCCUUUUUGAUGAAAGGGAAACGUUGGAGGAUGGGGAAACGAUUCGGGAGAACGACGAGGCGGGGAGCUUUAAAAGACCGCAAAUUUUCAUAGAUCAACUGAUGAAGAUGCCCUUGAUGAUGAAGGAUGCUUACAGCUUCAGCGACCAGGAGAUCUCCGACCACGUCUACACGAUGAUUGUUGCGGGGAAUGAAACAUCAGCCACUCAAUUGGCGCACACCUGUUUGCUGCUUGCAAUGAAUCCCGAAUCCCAAGAGAAGGCUUAUCAGGAGGUGAAGGAGGUCGUGACUUCUCCGGAUAUGUUCUUCGACAUGGAUACUUUGAAACAACUGGUCUACGUGGAAGCGGUACUGAAGGAAGCGAUGAGGAUGAUUCCGGUAGCUCCACUGAUUGCACGGGAAAACAUUCGAGAUAUUGUACUGGACGGACAUCUAAUUCCAAAAGGAACUGUGCUUCUAAUGAAUAUAUACGCGUUACACCGUCGAAGUGACGUUUGGGGAUCGGACCUCGAGCGGUUCAAUCCUGAUCGGUUUAUUGGAGAGGAAGCGAAACGAAGGCAUCCUUAUGCACAUCUCCCCUUCAGUGGAGGACCACGUGGCUGCAUUGGCUUUCGGUAUGCUAUGAUGAGCUUGAAGAUUUUGUUGGCGUUGAUUUUGAAAAAUUUCAAACUAAGCACCGAUUUGAAGUACAACGAUAUUAAGUAUCAUUACCAAAUUUCUUUAAAUUUGGCAAUUCCACAUACUGUUAGCUUAGAGCGUAGAGAGUAA